CCGCCCCAACCUCAUCAGGCCCCUCCAGUUCCGAUGCCUGUGACCACACUAUCGUUUCCUCUGGACUUAACUAGUCAAUAUUUACUUGGUCAACUCGAAUACUAUUUCAGUGUGCAGAAUCUUGCUUCGGAUGUCUACCUGAGGAAGCAGAUGGAUUCAAAAGGGUGGAUACCCAUCGAUUUGAUAGCUUCCUUCAACCGUGUGCGGCAGUUAACACCAGAUCGACAUUUAGUAAAGGAGGUACUUAGUAUCUCUUCUUUGGUCGAAGUCCGUGGCGAUCAUGUGAGAUUAAGCAAUCACCAAUGGGCCAAUUUUGUUCUGCCUAGUGCAGCUACCAGUACAGUGGAAGAUGACGGAAUCGAUGUUUACCAGCCGACUUUGGCCGAGGAAGGUGAAAAAGAGACUGAAGAGACCGAGGAAGACGACGUGGUUUUUAUCCUUGGAAGUGAACAAAGUCGUCCUUGGACCGGUACAAACUAGAUAUUGAACGGUGUUUGUAAUGGUAUGCCUGAGGCUUCAUGCCGUACGAGGUUUUGACGAACGCCAAUUCGAAGUAGCACGACAAGAAAAACCCGCCUAUGCCUAAACGAGACGAGACGAGCUGCGGGACCAUUUAUAUCGUUUUUCUCAACCUCCCUGUCAUUCAUGAUCUGUUUCUUUGUUCUUUCUUGUCACACCGAAAGUCUUUCUUUGUCUACUCAUAACUUUAUAUCAAUUUGCACAUACGAUUUCUUGUUCGCACACCUCUGGUGCACUCUCUUCCGCAUCUAGUUUCUCCUUUCUUCUCUUUCUGUUUUUAAUUCGUUGCUUUGAUAUCUUUGUUCAUGUUUCUGAUAUGUGCCUUGCAAUUUCCAGUGUUCUCUCCCUGUUUCGGUUUGAUAUUUCUUUGUGUAAUGUGUUUCUGUCUGGGCUUAUUACGCUAAUGUCUGACGAGUUUUAUUGAGUUUCUUCUGCCUUUAUCCUCCUUUCUUCUUCGUUUUGCUUCCCUCUUUGAUCCAAGCUUAUAUCCAGUGAACACUUUC